AUGUUUAAAUAUGUUGAGACAGGUGUAGUUGAUAACAGUAUACAAAUGAAGUGGACUCAUUGAGUUCAAAGUGUAGCGUGACUGGGACGCUUUUGCUAGUCCCACUUAGCUUUGUGUACUGACAAUAACCAGUAUUUACUUGUGGUCACGGAAAAACCUCAUGCUUCAGGGUUUUGUCAACAGCCCUCAUUGGGAGCAUGGUCUAGCUGUUUUUUGCUAACAAUGACAUUGACACCUGAAAGUUGUACAGUGAACUGAAAGAAAUGCCCCCUUUCUAAUUGUGACAUAAGAGACCUGACGCAAGAGAAAAAAUCCAAGAGCCCUCGACAGGGCUUGAUUGAUUUUUGAUUGUCCCUUUGGCCAGACCGAACUGUUGUUGUUCCAUCUGUCAGCCCUAACCAGCUACAAUCACUGUAGUUUAUAUAAAGUAAUUUCUAAACAAGUCAGUAUCUGCAUUACAUUUGAUUAGCCGUUAUUAUUUUUGGGGGGGUAUUGAUUUCCUGUUUGGCAGUUUGUUCAAGUCUUCAAGGUUUGAAAUAUUUUUUAUUAUUUAUUAACAAUUUGUAUACUUACAUAUAACUUUUAAACAAUAAUUGAACAACCCUUUUGUUUGGUCCAUUUGAAACUGAUGGCUGAGAACCAUUUGACAAAGCCAACCCUUUCUCUGUUCAACAACACAAACAAACAAGAUGACAUGCGUGCCUUCGAGUGUCAACACAUUAGAGAUACAUCUAUUCUUAGGCCGGUGGAAUCCCUUCUGUUUUUGGAACACUUAAGUGAGGUCUUACAGUUUAAUCUGGUCCUAUAAGCAGUAUCCUGGUGAACACGUAUGGCUGCAGGCCUAUAAUGAUCAUGGGAGGCAUGCUGUGUUCUUUGGGGAUGAUCUCUGCAUCCUUCUGCAACAACGUCAUGCAGCUUUAUUUCUGCAUUGGUGUCAUCGGAGGGCUGGGUUUGGCCUUCAACCUCCAGCCUGCGUUGACGAUGAUUGGCAGGUAUUUCUUCAAGAAGCGCCCCAUCGCCAACGGCCUAGCCAUGGCCGGCAGCCCGGUGUUCCUGAGCACCCUGGCUCCUCUGAACCAGUGGUUGUUCAACUUCUUUGGCUGGAGGGGAAGCUUCCUCAUCCUGGGGGGCCUGCUGCUCAACUGCUGCGUGGCCGGGGCCCUGAUGCGGCCCCUGGGGCCCCCGCCGGGCAAGGCGAAGAAAGACGAGGAGCUGGCCCUCACCGCCAAGACCACGGCCAAGAAGGAGAAGGCCACAGCCUGGCAGACGGUCAACAAGUUCCUGGACCUGUCGCUCUUCAAGCACCGCGGCUUCCUCAUCUACUUGUCGGGCAACGUCAUCAUGUUCCUGGGCUUCUUCUCGCCCAUCGUCUUCCUGGCGGCCUACGCCAAGGACAUGGGCGUGGACGAGUACUCGGCCGCCUUCCUGCUGUCCAUCCUGGCGUUCGUCGACAUGUUCGCGCGUCCCUCCAUGGGGCUGCUGGCCAACUCCAAGUGGGUCCGUCCCCGGAUCCAGUACUUCUUCAGCUUUGCCGUCCUCUACAACGGCGUGUGUCACGUCCUCUGCCCGUUUGUGGAGACCUACACGGGCCUGGUGGUGUACGCCGUGUUCUUUGGGUUUGCGUUCGGCAUGGUCAGCUCGGUGCUGUUCGAGACCCUCAUGGACCUGGUCGGGGCCCAGAGGUUCUCCAGUGCCGUGGGCCUCACCACCAUCGUGGAGUGCUGCCCGGUUCUCCUCGGACCUCCACUCGCUGGCAAACUGGUAGAUGUCACCAAGAAUUACAAGUACAUGUAUUUCUGCUGUGGUGCCGUGGUGAUCGUAGCCAGCAUCUGGUUGUUCAUCGGGAACUUCAUCAACUACAGACUCCUAGAGAAGGAGCGUAAGCAGGCGGAGAUGUACAAGCGGACUGAGACGGAGGACCCUGACCAGGAGCAGAAGGAGGCGGACGGGGACUUGCAGGCAUCAGAGAGCCUGGCCAACAACGGACCAAAGGACAACGACGCCAUGCAGCGGGAGACCAACAUCUAGAACCUUCUAGAACGUUCUCUCUUCUGCCUCGCCUUGUCCUGCCAACACCCCCACCCCCUCCCCAACCCCCCACACACACCCAACACACCAACCCACAAACCUGCCGCCAUCACACCACGCCCUCCACGAAGAUCAGACGGCUCCUAGAGGGCAAGCCAGCGGUUCCGGUUCCGCUCCCUCCGUUCCGAUGUCCGUUCAGGGUCUCCGCGCCAGGAGCUUUCCACACUCUGCUCUUUAACUGCCAAAGUUACGACGACGCCUGUUGCGUCGCGAGGCGCGUUUCUCCACGGAAAAAGGACUGUCAUGAAUACUGGGGAUGUGUCAGCUGGGUAGAUCAUGUACAAUAUGCAAGGGAGAGACUCAGGGAGCUGUUAAUGUGGGAGAAUGAAUCACGUCAUGUAUCUAGGAAUCUGUGAUUUAAGAACGCAAUGUGUAUAUUUAGUCUCCGCCACUAAACCUACAGUGUCACACACCGCAGCAAUAUUGGGAGGGUAAAGCUCAGUGGUUAAAGCGCUUGACUGUGGAUCCAAAGGUCUCAGGUGCAAAUCCACCCCUGUACAGCAUAUUGCUUUGGAUAAAAACUUGGGCUGGAUGAAUACACUAUUACUAUUAACACAUUCAACUGACUGAGGUCAGACACUUGAAGUUUGUGCUAACGAUUUAUGAUGCUGAAUCUCCAAACCAGUUUGAAGUGUAAUACACCAAGAACAGAAAUCAUGGUUUUGGUUGGAUCUUCUGGUGCCCAUGUAUUAUGCUGCCCUAUAGAACUUUGUGUCUGCUGGGUUGCUCAAACAGCCCAGCUGUCAUACGUAAGAUAGAGGCCACACUGUAAUCUACCACUGCAUAAUGCACAUGGAGUCCACAUACAUAUGAAUAUAUGCUGUACCACUGUCAAUGAGGCCCACUUGAGGCCCCAAUUAAGACCUCUUUUUU